AUGAAAGGUUUCAGGCAGAGGGUGCAUGAGCAGUUGUCGAGGGCAAAAGACAGCAACAAGUCUUCCAAGAAGAAAGAUGCGAAUAACUCAGGCACCGCAUCUCCGCUCUCAUCAUCCACCACGCUCCCCGGUAGCGAUUCUAGAUCUCCCAAUAGCUCUAACACCGCAACCCCGACCUCCUCGUCGACGAAUCUCAAUGAUUUGCGGAACAAGGGCGCGGGUCUCGAGGGCGCCACACCCAACCACGGAAGCGCUCAACAUCAUGCUAGCUCUGCCGCAGGGUCAGGCUCGCUGGCUUCCCAUUACAUGUCGCAAGGCUCUGGUCAUGGACCCGGCGGACCUGGAACUGCCGCGGGCCGUCAUCACAUCGCUCCAAGCGUCAUCAUAAGCCCAAGUGCUCCUCACAUUCCCGGACCUGGUGCCACUGAAACGAUGCCUGGCGACCUUGCACCUCCCAAGGCUGGUCAGAAAUCCCUCCUCUUCGACCGAUUGCAGUCUACACCGAAAGAUGUGCCUGAGGGCGUCCGCACUCCCAAGAGACAGCAUUCCUCGAGAUUUGAUGUAUCAGACCAAAGAGCUCGUGAUCUGGAGAAAUUGCCGGGUUUCCAUGAAGUCCCUCCCAACCGACGACAAGAGUUAUUCAUGCAGAAGAUCGAUCAGUGUAACAUCAUCUUCGACUUCAAUGACCAGACCGCCGACAUGAAAUCUAAAGAAAUCAAGAGAUUGGCCCUUCACGAACUUCUGGAUUAUGUUGCCAACAACAGAUCGGUCAUAACCGAGCCGAUGUACCCGAAAGUCGUCGAAAUGUUUAGCAAGAACCUUUUCCGCCCUGUCCCUCCUCCUGUCAAUCCACAGGGUGAAGCAUUUGAUCCCGAGGAAGAUGAACCAGUCCUUGAAGUGGCUUGGCCUCACAUUCAAGUCGUCUAUGAGUUCUUCUUGCGUUUCAUUGAAAGUCAAGACUUCAACACAAACAUUGCUAAAGCCUACAUUGAUCAUCAUUUUGUGCUUCAGUUACUCGAGCUGUUUGAUUCGGAAGACCCAAGGGAAAGGGAUUUUCUCAAGACAACACUUCACCGGAUCUACGGCAAAUUCUUGAAUCUUCGGUCCUACAUUCGAAGAUCCAUCAACAAUGUCUUCUUCCAGUUUACGUACGAGACGGAGAGGUUCAACGGCAUAGCCGAGCUUCUCGAGAUUCUCGGCUCAAUCAUCAACGGCUUUGCUCUCCCUCUGAAAGAAGAGCACAAGCUCUUUUUGACUAGGGUUCUUAUUCCGCUUCACAAAGUCAAGAGUUUGAGCAUGUAUCAUCCCCAAUUGGCAUACUGUAUCGUCCAGUUUCUGGAGAAAGACGCGGCGUUGACAGAAGAAGUUGUUCUUGGUCUAUUACGCUAUUGGCCGAAAGUCAACAGCACCAAGGAAGUGAUGUUCCUGAACGAAGUCGAGGAUAUUUUCGAGGUCAUGGAUCCGCAAGAAUUUGCCAAAGUUCAGGAACCUCUUUUCAACCAAUUGGCCAAAUCCGUCGCGAGUCCUCAUUUCCAGGUGGCAGAGCGUGCGCUAUAUUUUUGGAACAAUGAAUACUUCUGCAACCUCGUCAGUGAUAACGUCGAAACCAUCCUCCCCAUCAUGUUUGCUCCGCUGUAUGAGAAUUCAAAGGGUCAUUGGAACCGCACAAUACAUGGCAUGGUGUACAAUGCAAUGAAACUCUUCAUGGAGAUCAAUCCUCAACUGUUCGACGAAUGUUCGCAUGAUUACAAUGAAAUGCAGAGCACUGCUGCUCAACGAGAGAAGGCACGCGAGGCAAAAUGGGCGAAGCUCACUGAGCAGGCAAACCGCAUGAAGGCCGGACUAGCGAAGCCACCGACGACCCCUAGCAUUAAGGAAGUGCCAGAGACAGAUGCUGCGCAGGACAACCAGGAGAGGCUGGACGCUCUAAAGUUGCAUGACGAGUCGUCGUCAAUCAAACCAUCGUCGGUAAGUCGUGUCUCCAUUCGCACAACGUAA